AUGGCAGUUUUUUACGCAGUAGAAUUUCCAUUAGAGGAUGCUAAGUCGCGAGGGCCUCACAUUGUGCCAGAAAGCAAGGUUAAGGAAGAAAAUGGCUCUACCCGGGUUCUAUGGAAAGUUGUGGAUGAAAAUGGGGAGCUUACAGAGGCCUAUUUUACGGCAAAAAACCUUAAAAAGGGCACAAAGAAAGAGUGUAGCGAAUUUAUUGACCGCCUUAAGAAAUCGCGUGAAAAGGCCGAGAUCAGCAAUAAAUCGGAACGGAGACGAAAGAAACCUCAGAAAUUUGAUGACUAUGACUUUGAAGAUCUUACAGAGCAGCCAACAGCGAAAAAACCACGGCCUGAAUUUCGCGAAUUUUCAUUGAAAAAUGUUCACGCAGAAGAUCUUCAAAUGACUGAGUCCGAUUCAGAGUCAUUUGACCAAGAAGCUGAAGAAAAAGCCGUUCUUGCCAAUUGGCAAAAGAAGGCGCUUUCCUCGAAGGCGGCCAAGAAGCAAAUAACCAACCGUAUUUCCCGCCAAAACCGAGAAGAGUCAAGAUCUGAGGAGAAGAGAAAACAUAAGGCGAAGAAAGACAAGGAAAACGAAGACAAAGGCUUAAGUAAUGCAGCCCAAAAGAAAGCGAGAUCUGAAAUUGCAGAGAACCAGUCUAUUAACAUUGGCAAGACGGUUUCCCUUGGCAUGAAGCUUCUCCUACAUGGAAAUGAAACGGACAAACCCGUUGAAUUCAAUCUUUCUGUGGAGCCGGAAACCACAUUCAAGACCUUAAAAAACCUAAUAGCAAAGACGACGCGAAUUCCAUCUGACAAUCAACUCCUGGUUAUUAAAGGACAAGAAUGGAAAAUGGAAGAACAUGGUCGAAUAUGUGAUGACUGGUCAACCGAUGACCUGGUGGCCAUAUUUGAAGUACUUGAGCCCUCAAAAGGUAAGUAACUGUAUAUUAAACAAUAAUAAAAACACAACGAACUGAAAUGAAUUUUGUUUCUGUUCUUGUUUUGUUUUGCGUGAAUGACCAAGCCGGCUGAGUCUGAAAGACACUUACUCUACCAUUUGUAUUCUUCAUUGUCAGCAGCAAACAUGUCAAUACAAAAGCUGAUAACUUGCCGUACGUAAAUAUUUCAUGCCUACAGGUGGAAUCAGGUCUAUUCAUUGGACGAACUUUGCAAAGUAAAACGCGAUUUUAUGUCAUUUGUUAGAAAUGCUAUUGCAAUUCUAUAAGACAUGAUUAAUUGAAUUGUUUUGACUUGUUUUUUCAGAGUUCAGUAAGACCACCGUCCCUGUUACCCUGGAUAGCGAAUUUGCAGCUAAAGUCGAAGUUGAUGUUAACAACGACUUUCAGCCAAGCGAUCAGUCAAGUCUAGAAAAAGAGGGUAAGUUAAAUUAACUUAACUCCUUGCCUAAAGUGUAAAUAAUUAUUUUCAGAAAAUUUGAUACCUUAUAUUAAUUCUAUAUUUUAGUCUAAAAUUGCCUUUUUUACUUUUUUUCUCGUGACAAACUUGUAUAUCAUGGCAGUUGGCACAUCGAUACCAGUGAUUCACAAGAUUUUUAUGCCGUCCACAAAUGACAAAAUUUCAGUUUUUGUACUUACCUUUGAUUGUCGUCAUUCUACGCUUGUCAGAAAUUCAGAUUUUCUAAAAUACAUAGGCAUAUGAUUGUCUUUCUUGAGCGUUCCCAUGCGGCAGAAGUGAGUCUGUCGCACCUCACUUCAGUCUAAAUGACAUGACAAUGCGAAAAAAUGUACCAUAUUGUCACAAAUAUGUUGACAGAAUACACUGACAUUAUAACACACGAGAUUUUUAUCCUUUCAAACUACAAAUAAUUGACAAAAGUUGUUCCCAAAAAAUAAUUACAAGGAGGCUGUGCUAUAAACGUCGACUGCAAGAUCACAACUAGUAACAGGGCUAGUAACUGUUUAAUUUGAAGACAUUUUCAUCACAGGAAAACUAUUAAGUUCAAGGAACUGUCACAAAGUGAACCGUGACAACUGAUAGGAUGUUUUGUUUUCUUAAUUGGUAUCAUCAAAAUAAUACUAAAUGUCAGUCACUUUAUAAAAGAUCACGCUAUCUCAACCAAGUUGUUGUGCCGAAAAUAUCUGUGAGUGAGUGAGUUGCGAAAACUGUGACUUUAGGGUUUUGUGAAUAAAGCUACAUCAAGUGCAUUGUCGUGGAUUUCUACAAAUACGGGUGCGAUUCCCGACACACUGUUCUUGAAUUUGCCCGCAAUGAACUCAAAGCAUGAAUGACCAUAUUUUUCCCCCAUUAUUCGUUAGGUUUAGGAACUGGAAAAUUUGACAAUGACCUGGAAGAAAAAGUGGACAAAAUCCUCCACCAAGUGUCUGAGAUGACAGCUAAGCUUCAUAAGCUCACUGAUGCUGUAAGGAAAUUUGAGCAAUGUAAAGCCUGUAAAAAGAGAUACUACAAAGCAGUGGACAAUGCAGACAUCAGUUUUGAGGACCAGCUGUCAAAUGUUGAAUUAACACCAAGUCCCUCAGUCUCUAUUUCACCAAAAGCUUCUGCCUCAAACAGCCCAGUUUCACCUUUGACGACUUCACAACCACAAAAGAGCCUAAACCAAUUGCAAAAGCCAUCUAAUGAGAGAGAGUCCACAAUGCUAAUUGGUUCCCCAAGCCGUGGAGUGUACGUGGCAAAGAAAAACGUGGACCAAAUCGCAAAGAGCAGCCCAAAACGAUUCGCCCUUAAACUUUUCGAACUUGUCUUCAGCAGGGAAGAAGCAAAGCUGGGCAGCGUUGAAGGCAAGGGUGAUAAACUUCUCAAACUGGACCCAAACCGAAUGGCAGCAGUGAGGGAAUGUACAGAGAUGUCGUUCCCUGCUGACGAAAAUCUCAAGUGGACAGAGAUUAAAAAAUCUAUAGAUGAGAAAUGUAGAAUGGUGAGAAACAACAGGUGUUUUGUGUGGGCAGGGGUUAACACCAGCAAGGAUUAA